CCAUAUUCACAUUAGCCCAAACCUUCCAAAAGGAGAUUGAAGACAAUCAUGGGUCAAUCUUUAAUGAAGUUUACUCCAGGUUUAUUACCAAAUCCAAUCUAUAAAGUACUUGCCUUAGCAUAUCAAGCUGCAGAUGAAUGGCGUGGCUUAUUCCUGGUCCUAAAUAAAGAAAUUGGAGAAAUCACCAUUGAAGAAGAUAGAGCUGAUGCACACAAAGAGAAAGAAAUAGGUGCCAAAAUAGAAGAAUGCUACGAUAAGUACUUUGGAGGCCAACAUAAAGAAUGGAACUUCACAGAAUUCUCUAGAGCAAUAUCACAAACUGUGGAAGAAAUCAACGAAAAACUUGGAAACACUCAAUUCCGUGUACCUAGUGUCGAGGUGCUCCAAAAGGCGUACGACAAUCAUCACAAGGGGAAAGGGAAAAAUCUGAAGAAGGAAGAGUUCAAUAUGAUACUUAGAGAAGUGAUGCUCAACACUGGAUUUACUGGAUUUGGAUCAAAAGAUGUGAUCUUCUACAUAUUUGGAAUUCCUGCUGCUGCUCUGUUUAUCAAGAAUGUAGUUGCUCCAAGAGCAGUUCCUAAUGAAGUCUUCAUUCCUGGCGUCACCUCGGCCACUGUUUUUCUUCUCUCCAAACUCAACAAGCUCUAAGCAAUCAAAACUCAUAAUUGCUCCUAAAUUUGUUGCCCUUUUCUUCAUAGUUUUAUUGUAUUUGAUUUGUAAGUGAUUGUGCACAAAUUUAAUGUGUUAUAAAGUGCAAGAAAUAAAAAUUAUGGAAGUCUGAUUAUUGAA